AAGGUGAGAAAGGACGCAUGUUUCUGAUCCCAUGCACUCUCAUUCAAUAUGGCCAGUGAGCCCGUCUGUGUCGCUUAGUCGGCGACGAUGCGAUGCAGCACUGGGGUCGACCGUUGCCUAGAAGCGGAGCCCUAUGAUGUCGUUGUUGUCGUGAGCUGGUGUUGUUCGUGUUGCUCCUUUUUUUCUUUUCUCUCUUUCAUCACCCCCUGUAGCUAUCUCUUUCUCGUGAAUAUCCUUUCAUGGUGUCCUUUGGUGGUGAACCAACAACACACUUCAGAUCCAUACUCUAGGUCUGACUUGCAAGACCUCUUAGAGUUCAGUAUGCGGUCCCUCGAAGAAACCGCUCUCGAGACCUGCUUCAACCACGAGCUGGCUCUAGCAGGAAUAGCUCCCGCUCUAGCCACCCACAAUACCAAGUCCUUCUCCCAUCCUUCAGGAUGAAGGGAAAGGGUUCAACACCCUAAUUAACCCUCUUUCUAGAGGACAAGCUCACUCCCUUCCUCAAGCUAGGCCCUGGCUGGACCAAGGCUGGGAACCGCCCAAAGUAUCCAAACUUCCC